AUGCAGUGUGACUUGAGUUUCGCCAUCAGUUGGAAGAGAGGCAGCCUCACCUCGGCUUCCUCCCUCCCCAUCAGUCCGAUCCCAGUCAUGACGGGGGCCUUCAUGGACUCCUCACCCAAUGACAACUACAGUGCCGACCACUCGCUCUUCAACUCCUCGGCCAGCGUCCACGCCGCCUCUGCGGCCGCCUCAGCCCAGGCCCAGCAGGACGACCAGUCCUCGUCCAGUGAUGCCAUCUGGCUCUGGAUUGCCAUCAUCGCAACUAUCGGCAACAUUGUGGUGGUGGGAGUGGUCUACGCAUUCACCUUCUGA